AUGGCUAGUUCUGCUUCAGCUGCUGUACCCAUAAUACCAAUGGUUAUAGAACAAACGGGAAGAGGAGAGAGAGCAUAUGACAUAUUUUCUAGAUUGUUACGAGAGAGAAUUGUCUGUUAGGGACCUAUAUCAGAUGAGUACUCCAGUCUCCUGUGUAGCACAACUAUUAUUUUACAAUCUGAAGAUCACAAAAAGCCUAUUCAAAUGUACAUUAACAGUCCUGGUGGUUCUAUUACAGCUGGUAUGGGUAUAUAUGAUACAAUGCAGUACAUACGUCCGCAAGUAGCGACCUGGUGUGUCGGACAAGCCUGUAGUAUGGGCAUCUUGUUGGCAGCUGGUUCUAAAGGGAUGCGGCAUUCACUCCCACAUUCAAGAAUUAUGAUUCAUCAACCACACGGAUCUGCUGGGGGUCAGGCUACAGAUAUUGCGAUCCAAGCAGAAGAAUCUUCUAAAAUGAAGAAAUUGUUAAAUGAACUGCUCUCACAACAUACAGGUCAACCCAUUGAUACUAUAGAGGAUGCAGUCGAACGAGAUAAAUUUCUCUCACCACAAGAGGCGUUGAAAUUUGGACUAAUAGACCACGUACUAAGUCAUGAAGACAUUACAACAACUUGA